AAUCUAUUCAAGGUCGUCGUAACGAAACGGAGGGCGACUUUAAGUGAAACUGAGUUUUGCCGUCCCGGUUAGCAUAGAUGAUUCAAUCGUGCGACAGAGUUCAUGGCUUGAUCAACCUACCAAUUUCUUUUCCUUUUUUAUUGUUAACAUACCUAGGUUCCUGCCUGGAGGAUUUGGUGAUCCCCUGCUACUAGACACGGAAGCCUGUUAAGCGAAAGCUUCUUCUAUUCCGUCCACAACCAUUUGAACCAUUUGAACCAUUUAAACCUCAUUGGUUCGUUUAUAGUCUCGCCAACAAAACCUUCAGGCCAUUCUUCAUGUAUCUCGAGUUCAACAGUUCCCACUGUCCCAAUUUUAGGGAAAUGGAACCAAAACCCCUAAAUUUCCCCAGAAUCUCAUUACACUUUGGGGAAAUCGGCUUACAUUUAUUAAUAAAACCACAAACCUUUUCACGAUUUUGGAGAAAUUUAGCGUUUUUCUCCAAAAUUUCCCCUCAUUUUUGCGCUUUUUCCCUAAAUUUCCCCUGAAUUUUGCGUUUUCCCUCCUAAUUAGAUACAGUAUCAACAAAGUCUACACUCUUUGAAUGUCUGUCAAUCUAUGGGAUGAUUCUGAUUCAGAGGACAACCUGCCAGCUGAAUGGGAACAAACUAGUCAGGGUAAUUUCAUUACGUACUACAACCGCUUGACUGGACUUUCGCAAAGGCCUCAUCCAAUUUCAGGCCAUAUUAAGCAAUUACCACAUGUGUUGCCCAAAGGUUGGUCUUCCUGCUCCGACAAAUCUGGGAGAACAAUUUAUUUAAAUUUAGAAACUGGCUGUUCAACAUAUUCCGAUCCUCGACUUGCUGCUGCUCUUUUGACCCACUCUACAAAAUCAAUUAGAAGUACUCAAUUUAAAUUUGACAAAUUUUCAAGUGUAAAUGAUAUUUUAUUAAAUAAAGAUCUCCGUGGGUUUUACGUUGUUGUAACAAAUUCAGGCUGUGGUCUUGGUUUAUCAAUCGCAGUUCAUCUCGUCCAGUAUGGAGCUACUGUUAUAUGCGCUUGUACUAAAUGUCCAGAAAAUGCUAUUGCUGUAUUUGACAAAACAAAGGCAUAUUAUGAAGGCAGUAUCACUGUAGACUUAACUUUGAAGUCAGUUAAUAAAGAAUCAGGUCAACUGUAUUGGAUACCGUAUAAUCCUUUGGAAUUACAUAGCAUCGUACAAUCCGUUCGUAUAUUACAGUCAUUGAACUGGCCUGUUCAUGCGUGUAUCAUAACUGAUGAUUUGCUUCCUCCUUUCGCUGGAUGGAAUUUCUUUCAAUCUUUUACAAGGAUAGUGUCUUGUUUGCGUGAAAUGAUUCCGUCUAAAGUUUCAUCCUGGUUUCAAUCUAUUUUUAAGUUUGUAACAAACUAUGAAAUACAAGUAUUCAAUUGGUUUGGGAAAAAGAUAAUUCCUGCAUGGAUUCCUGCUUAUUCAUGUGAGUGUUCUUCUAAACAUUUUCCGUAUUUAACUUCUGACGGAUUUGAAGUAUCAAUGCAAUGCAAUUAUUUAGCUCCUGCCUUGUUUUUGGAACGAUUGUUAAAAGCAAGAUUUGAUUCUUUACCUUCUCUUUCAACUACUUCGUCAGACAAAACAUUUGACAGCUCAACUUUGCGUGUGGUGAUAGUUUCAUCAGAGAUUCACAAAGAGAGUAAUUUACAACACUGUAUUAAGAAACUGAAUAUAACAAAGAUGUUUCAGACAACCCCAACAUUAUUGCAUGACAGUAUGAGACAAUAUGCGAAUUCCAAAUUAUGUAUGUUAUUAUUUAUUCGUGAAUAUCACCAUCUUCUUCGUCGCUUUAGUGAAACAAGCACAACUUCAUCCACUAUACCUACAAUAUUUACUUGUACUGGAUGUGAUCCAUUUAGUGUGUAUUGCAGCAAACAGUUUUUAAUGAAUCUUUAUCACUGGUCUAUCAAAAAUCCAUUUCUUUUAGUACUACAAAUAGUAUACCUUUUAUCAAGACCAUUUGGUAUGUCUUUGGAUCAAGUGAUUGCUAAUCCUGUACUUUGUACUGUUCACAGAGUUGCAACUUUGCAACAAUCGAUAACUGCUCAUUCUAAACUGAUCCCAUAUUUUGAUAAAUGUCAACCUUCCACUACUUUAUUAGAUGAUCUACCACUUUUUGAAUUGGAUUUUUUAUCUAAAACUAUAUUUACCGAUACCAUGAGUAUUUUUUGUAAAUAUGAAUAAUAAGAAUGUAAAUACGUAAAAUCAAAACGACAACUUUUUUCUCUUUCAUGUUCAUGUUCUUCAAUGUACCUUAACAACUUACGUUUGAAAGUCAUUUGAUUUUUGUUGUCGAAUUCAUCUUUCAUUCCUUAAAUUAAAACAUGCAUUGGUUAGUUUAUCGUAUGUAUUGAUCUUGAAUUUAUUCAAAGUUUUUAAAAACAACCUUUAUUACUAUAAACAGUGAGUGUUUGGGAUAGUGAUAAACUCAAGAUACUACCGAUUUAUGGUGUAUAUGCACAAAAAUGCCUAGAAAAAUUGAUGUUAUGCAAAAUGACAAGUAAUUUGACCAAUC